GGAAAAAGCUCAGAGAAUAUCACAGAUGGAUUAGUUGCAUACUAAGGACUCUUUGACCAAAUGGUGUAGAAAUAAGACGUUAAUGCAGUUAUGUGAACGGCCGGGACCCAUGUUUGCAAAUAUUUUGCGUGCGUCAUACAUUUUCUCGGCGUCUUUCCAGCUGAGCUCAGGCCCCCCUUUUCUUUUGAACCCCAUUGUGGAGCCUUUGGAGUCUCCGCCGUGGUUGCUUUCAACGACGUUAUACGAUGCCGAGGCGCUUUCUCUCGCUGCGUGCUUCCUUUUUUUAAAAGCCUCGUCAACACGACGGCAGGGGAGAGGCUUCGCUUGCGAGCCAAAAAUGGACCCUGGAAAUAUUCUGCGAAAGGCCGAUAAUGUGUUACAGGUGCGGCCGGGCGGCUCGCCCUCCUCGUGUGUUUUAGUACUGAGCAAAUACUCGCGCCGUGGAUGUUCCACCCGUACUUGACGGCGGCGGCUGCAUUAACUUUGCUGCAUGAUGUGGCGCAAUGCUCAGUCGCCAUGGCAACAGCUCUGCCUCCCCGGCGGACGUGUAGCUCCUCGCCGCGUCCGCCCUGCGGACACGUUCGUUCGCCGCCAGAUUCAUUGGCUGUCGACUGGCUGGAAACAAAAAAAAAAAAAAAAGUUUCUGUUUUAAUUAGUUUGGUGCAGUGCGUGCAUUGUCGCCGCGUCAUCCAUCUAUCUGUGUCGCCGCCACCCUCUCCUCUGCGCUGCCUCGUCUCUAUCGCCGCCUCCACGCGCCCCGCUGGCUCUCCGGUGUAAUUAAAACCAGCCAGUGCGGAUAAUAGAAGCGUAAUGGUGUGUAAUUGUGAUAAUCAAUACACAAGAAAGUCAGCGUUUAUAAAUUUAGCGCGGAGGAGUUGCCGCUCCGUCCCUAUCUCCCACGCCUCAUGAAGCUCGAGUGACCUUGGAGGGGACUUUUCAGUCAUUAAAUCACUUUUAAGCAAUAGUUAGCCUGCGCACACUGUUGUGGAAUUUAGCUUAGCAUUUGCACUCUCCAAGGACAAAAGUCCUGCCGCCAGAGUGCUGCAGACGGCGUUGAUGUAUCCUUUGCAUAUCCUUUUUUUAUGGCGGUGGUUGAAAUAGUGAUGCAGCGAGUAUUAACCCCUUCCACCCCCUCAGCUUGUAUCCGCAGGGCUUCGGCGCAGGUGGGCCGACGCCACCCCCGCGAUGUCCUCGGGCGGGGGAUCGCCAGCUUGGCCGAGCAGGCGGACAACCCUCGAGGAGCAAAAUGGUGGCGUAAUAUUUUGGCCCCCCGCACCCCCGCCCUCCCUGUUUGUAAGUCACCUGGAUAAUUCUGAUCAACUUGAGCCGAGCGAUAAGAGAAAAGAGGAGCUGGAAUUGAUGAUCCCGGAGCGCCGUCCUGGAAGGGGAUUUGUGAGGCGAGUCGGCAGCGGGAGGAGGAGCGGCUAAUCGCCGCGGGCCCAGCGGGACCGCGACCGGGAAAAGCCGAUGAUGGGUCGCUCUUCCGUUUGCGUCCUUCUCCUGUCGCUUUGCCUCGCAUGGCCGAGCGUCGCGGCGCGAGCUGAAGCGUGCAGGACGGUGGCGCAGGCAGACGUCGUCUUCCUGGUGGAUGCGUCGCGGAGCGUGGGCGCCAGCGGCUUCUCCGCGGUGAAAGACUUCAUCUCGGCGAUGAUCUCCGCCUUCCAGGACGGCCCCGCGGUAUCCGAGGGCGUCCGCUUCGGAGUCACCGUCUUCGGGAACGUCCCCAGGAUGCGCAUCGCUUUGACCGACUACGGCUCCCCGGAGGAGGUGCUCGGAGCCGUCAGGGUCCUUCCCUACGAGGGCGGAGCCAGGAAGACGGGCGCCGCCCUCCAGUUUCUCGUGGACCAGGUUUUCAGCGCCGCGAUCAGCCGAGACCUCGCACCCAAGGUGGCCAUUUUAAUAACAAACGGACCAUCGGACGACCCGCUUGACGCCGCGGCCAAAGAAGUCGCCGACAACGGGAUUUCGCUCUAUGCGGUCGGCGUGAGGGGGGCCGACGAGGCCGAGCUGAGGAUGACGGUGUCCCAUCCGUACGAGGAGCACCUCUUGAUGGGCGCCGACUUCCCCCUGCUGGAGGCGGCCCUCCCCAAAUUGUCCCGUCGCGUGUGUUUCACCGCCUCCGAACCGCCGCGGCCCGUCAAAAAGCUGCAGCCCGUCAUCGAGCCCAUCACGGGUCCCAAAGACCUGCAGGUGAGCGAGCUGGCCUACGGCUCCCUCAGGCUGACGUGGACGGCGGCCACGGGGGACGUCGCGGGCUACCGACUCCUGGUCGUCCCUCUGGCUGGCUCCGUGGGACGACCCGUUCACCCGCAGCAGAGACAGAUUGACCUCAAAGCGGACGUGACAACGGUCGUGGUGGCAGAGCUGGACCCCAAAACAUCGUAUUCCCUGACUGUGUACGCCGUCUAUCCCAGUCUCAUCGGAGAGUCCGUGACCACCACUGCCCAGACGACGCCGCUUCCUCAAGUGUUAAAUUUCCGAGUUAUCGAAGAGGGUCUUUUCUCCUUACGUCUGGGCUGGACGCCCCCGCUGAAGAAGCUGGACGGCUUCAAGAUCGUCAUCCCGAGAUCCAACCGACCGGGCUCGGCGUACGAGCAGCUGCUGCCGGGAGACGUCUCCUCUCACGUCAUCGACAGCCUGGAGGAGGACAAAACCUACAGCGUCAGUAUUUAUGCGCUGUACCCGCAGGGGCCCAGUGAACCCGUUUCCAUUGAGGGAAGGACAUUAAAGCUGGUCGCAAUUGAAGAGCUGCUGGUCCAAAAUGCAACCACCGACACCGUGCAGGUCAAGUGGACUCCAGUGAAAGGCGCGACGGGAUUUCGUCUCACGUGGGCGUCGCCGGACGGCCACAUCGAGAACAUCAACCUGAGGGAUGCCUUCGACUUCUACAUGAUCCAGGGCCUCCACGCGGGUGCCGAGUACACCGUCGCCAUGAACCCCGUCUUUGGAGACGUAGAGGGGCCUGUCACAUCCGCCAAAGUCAACACAUUGGAAAGCAGCGCGGUGCAAACCCUGAAGGUGUCGGCUGUGAGCACCAACAGCGCCGUCAUCACGUGGAACAGCGUGUCGGGGGCCACGGGGUACCGGCUGGCCUGGGGACCCACGGCAGAAUUUGCGGGACGGGAUCGCCCCAGGCAGUUGGCGCUGAACGGCAGCACCACCGAGUACCAGCUGAAGAACGUCGCUCACGACACGGAGUACGCGCUGACGCUCUACGUGCUCUUUGGAUCGGUGGUCGGGCCCGGAAUCACCGCCACCUUCCGAACGUCUCCUUUAGGUUACGUCUCCAGCUUUGAGGUGACGUCCUACACCGACGCCUCCAUCGAUGUGCGGUGGAGCCCAAUCGUCGGCGCCACUGAGUACAAACUCACCUGGAACGCUGGUAAUUUUCACGUUUCCUCUCCUGUUCCUGCCCGGGUUUUGUCACGCAUGUGGCCCUCGACGUCCGCAGACCACGGCAGCCCCCAGUCGCGCUACUUGGACCGCAGCGUUCUCGUCUAUCGGAUCGCCGACCUGAAGCCGCGGUCCGCCUACACGAUCACAGUCCGUGCGCUAUACGGCAACACGGAGGGACCAGAAAUCUCCUUAACUCAAGUCACAGCCGCUGCCUCGGACUCCGACGCAUCUCAGCUGGUGAGGGAAGUCAAGAUUGUGGACACCGGCGUCAACUCUGUCACUCUCUCCUGGAAACAAACGCCUGCUGCAACCGGGUACAAGAUCUCCUGGAUCCACUUCAAGGGGGGAGAAGAAAAGUCCCAUGUGGUACCGGCUGGUGUGACAACAUUCACUAUCAAGAACCUACUCGAGGGCUCGGCCUACAAGGUCCAGGUGUCCCCCAUGGCGGGCAGCCGGGAGGGAAGUUCUGUCCUGGUCACUGCACGAACAACGGACCUCCCAAAAGUGACGGGAUUCACGGCUCGGAACACCACGGACAGCAGCACUGUUCUGAGCUGGAACCGAAUGGCGGGUGCCUCCGGGUACCUUCUCAGCUGGCGCCACAUCUCAGUGUUUGAGACUAAAAAAGAGCAGCUGGGCCACACUUUCACCUCCUUUAAAGUCGGCGAUCUCCUGUACGGCAGAACUUAUAUUUUCUCCAUUCGGCCUUUGUACGGGGAAGUGGAAGGCCCCAUCAGCACCGUUUACCAGAGGAUCGCGGCGCCGCAACCUGCGAGGCCUCAGCCGGCAACCGCCGCGCCUCACACCACAGUUGGCGGCACCGCCACCCUUCGGACGCCCACGGGAAGCACCAAACGCCCCGUUGUCGUUCCGCCGAAUGACACCGGCGAGGAGACCCCGAGUCAUCCCGUCGUCGCCUCGCCCCAGUUGACCACACCCAGCGGAGUGACGACAGCUCCGUCACGAGCAGAUUGCAGCCAGAGCAGAGUGGACGUUGUGUUCCUGGUGGACGAGUCGUCCAGCGUGGGCGCCAACAACUUCGAAAAGAUGAAGGACUUCAUAUUUCGGGUGGUCGCCCACUUCCCGGUCAUCGGGCCCGAGGGCGCACAAAUUGCCGUCGUCCAUUUCAGCGACGAGCCUCGAAUUGAAUUCCAACUCAACGAUCACAAAGAGCGGAACGCCGUCCUGACGGCGCUGAGGGGCCUGCGCUACGGAGGGGGCAACACCAAGACCGGAAAGGGCCUCAGCUACGUCCUGCGGGAAACCUUCCAGGAGUCUGUGGGGAUGAGGCAGGACGUGGCCCAUGUUCUGGUGCUGAUAACAGACGGCAGGGCUCAUGACGAUGUGGAGCCACCGUCCAGGAUCGCGCGCGCUCUAGGCGUCAGCGUCCUGGCGGUGGGCGUCGCCAACGCCGACCUGCAGGAGUUGAGUCGGAUCGCGGCCCCCGCCAGGUACAAAAACGUCUUCUACUCGCCGACCUUCGACGACUUUGCGUCCGUCGAGAGAGAGUUCGUCGCGAGCGUGUGCGGCGAGGAGCUCCUCUCCGAGUUCAAGCUGCGCGAUUAUGAACAUGAGGAGUUGACUCAGAUGGACACGCCGACUGACGACCCGAAGGAGGCGGCGGAACCUCAGCCCCCCUGCCGAUGCGUCAAGGGACAGAAAGGAGACAGGGGCCACGGUUCGGACGGAGGGCUGCGAUUCCGACAAACUCCCGGACAGUACGAUCCCUUCACUUCUUCCAAAGGAGAGAAGGGCGAAAAGGGACCUCCCGGAACAGACGGUGUUCCCGGACUGCCCGGCCGCCCCGGGAGAACGGGACCGCCGGGUUCCGCUGGCCAGCGGGGCGUGCCAGGCGUGGCGGGCGAAACGGGUCCUCAAGGCGUUCCCGGUCCCAAAGGCCAGCGAGGGGAGAGAGGAGAACCCGGUUAUGUGAUAGCAGCCCCGGAUGCGAACGUCAUCCCCGGGAAAAAAGGAGAACCGGGAUCCUUGGGGCCUCCUGGAGAUGUCGGGGUCCCGGGUCUGCCCGGCCCACCGGGACCACCGGGAAUCUCGGUCAAGGGCGAUCGCGGAGAGCCUGGAGAAAAAGGCUUACGUGGGAAGCCGGGGUCGAAGGGGGACACCGGAGCAGAUGGGAGUAUUGGAAUCGCAGGCCUGCCUGGACCAAUCGGCGUACCCGGCGUCAAAGGAGAGAAGGGUGAAAGCGGACUGGGCUUCCACGGCACUCAAGGACUUCGCGGAGAGCCGGGAGAGAAGGGAAACGUGGGCGUAGCGGGACCGGUCGGCCCGAAGGGUGAACUUGGAGAACAAGGCGCCCAAGGAGCCAUCGGGCCUCGGGGGAAAAAGGGAUUCAAAGGCGAGCAAGGGGACAAGGGGCAACAAGGAGAAAGGGGACCCGCCGGGCCACAAGGACCAACGGGACCGACGGGACCAAUCGGCUUAAAGGGAGACGAAGGUCCGAGAGGAGCCCCCGGAGACGCUGCCAAGGGUGUUAUCGGUCCGGCAGGCAAAAAGGGCGUCCGGGGAGACGGCGGUCCGACCGGUCCCGCCGGCCCUCCCGGGACGAAGGGCGUGCGAGGAGACAAAGGAGAAAAGGGAAGUCCGGGUUUUGGGAUUCCGGGACAGGGGGGACCAAAGGGAGAAAACGGCGAGCGGGGAAAUGUCGGUUUAUCCGGAAAACCGGGACCAAGGGGCCAGGACGGCACCAAAGGCGACAAGGGCGACGCGGGCUCACCCGGAAAUCCUGGAGAAGCGGGAUUAAGAGGUAAAGAUCACGUCUCUGUCUUCCUUCUUCAACUGCAACGUGACGAGUGUCGACCUCGUGUGCAGGGCGAAGUCGGGCCGAAAGGAGAACCAGGGCUCAAGGGGGAGCCAGGCUCGCAGGGAGCAUCUGGCCAGCAAGGGAUACGGGGCCCGCUAGGACUGCCGGGCCAACCCGGGGAGAAAGGAGAUCUCGGGACCAGUGGCCUGACUGGGCGUGACGGAGAAAAAGGCGACAAAGGCGAACCGGGAAAACCUGGACCUCCGGGAACGCAAGCAGCAGGAGACAAUAUCUUCACCAGAGUGAUCAAGGGCGAGCCCGGUGAGCCGGGUUCAAGAGGAGAAAGCGGCCUUCCCGGACCGAGAGGUCCUGAGGGUAAACCCGGACUACCAGGAUCCUCUCCGCCUGGUUCCGGAGAAAACGGGCUCAACUGUACGCCAGGAGAACCCGGCCUAAAGUCAUUUGUGUUGGAGGUGCAGGGGGAGCAGGGACCAAAGGGAGAGGCUGGCUCAAAAGGCGAGAGAGGCGAGCAAGGUCGGAUGGGGAUCGCCGGCAUGCCGGGAUUGCCGGGGGCGCCGGGGCGGGCCGGCGUCGACGGCAAGCGUGGACUCGCGGGCAAAGACGGAGACGGAGGACAAAAAGGCGAAGAAGGCCAAAAGGGAGAGAAAGGAGACACGGGGGCAAACGGUAAAGAUGGCAGCAAGGGAGAAGCGGGACCUCCGGGUUUGCCCGGCAAGCAGGUCCUCGUCACCGCGGAGGGCGCCACCAUCGACGAAAUCCGCCGAGCCUUCCCCGUGCCCAUGGGACCUCCAGGAGCGACUGGCUCUCCGGGAAUGAAGGGAGACAAAGGAGACGUUGGCGUGAAAGGGGAAAAGGGUGACGCUGGAGCCGCUGGGAAAUCACUGCAGAUGAAGGACAUCGAAGCCAUGUUUGAAACUUACGGCAUCAAGCUGCCCCUGUUGAAGGUUUUGAUCGACAGGCUGCUGCAGGGCGGCAUCGAGGAACUCCUUCACGUGCUCGCGGGCGCCAAGAAAAUCCCGCAAAACGCAGACUCGGGAAAUGAAGGCACACGAACGUCCAACGCCAUAACCCAAUACACGAGCGCGCUCAAGCUCGAAGUGGCCCCUCAGCCGCGAGCGGACGCCACCGAGGAUUUGGAGUUGGAUCGACCGACCCGGCCCGACUUUUGGAAUGAAACUACAGAGGGUCCAACGUUACGGACACCGCAGGAAAAGAAGCUUGAGGGGACGUCCAAGGAGAAGAAAGUCAAUGGAACAACGUUGGACGGAACCAAUACGACUCAAGUCAGCAACCUGACUCAAAUCAGCAAUCUGACUCGAAUCGACUCAGCUGUUAGUUCCACUUCAAACCAGACAAUUUACGCCCGUCCGGGCGACGUCGUCCGGCCGGCCGCGCUUUCUCAAGGGAGGAAAAGCGCAGGACAAAAGAAGCACAACAGGGAACGCGGGAAGGGCAGAGGAAAUAAAGGCCGGCACGCCAGGGAGACGCAUCGGCUGACGAGCGAGCGGCCAGAGGAGGAGGAUGAUGAGGAGCAGCACGAGGAGACCCGAGAUCACCAGCGAGAGGUACCUCCAGUCGGUAGCGAGUGGAACCGGCCCGACUCAAAGAGGGGGGACGCCGGAGGGGGACUCCGGCGACGGGUCCAGAGGGCGUCGUCGAGUGCACAAGGAGAGGGUGACGACGACGACGACGAUGAUGAUGGGGAGUGGAGUGGCGACUGGGAGUUGAGGAGGAGGAGGGCUGAAAUGGAGAGAGCGGGCGAGGAAGGAGAUGGCCGCCGUCACCCGUGCGCCCAUGCUGACCUUUUGCCCCUCAAGGGACAACCAGGAGAGGAUGGAAGGCGGGGGCCCAAGGGGGACGUCGGAGAGAAAGGACAAAAGGGAGAGCCGGGCACCGGCCACCGAGGGCCCGAGGGUCAAGCCGGGCCGCCCGGCAACAAGGGCGAACCGGGAGAGGCGGGGCCGCCGGGCGCGCAGGGAAUCCAAGGAAUCCACGGGAGCCCGGGCGCGGGGGGGUCCCCGGGCGUCAGGGGACCCCGGGGGGACCCCGGCCGGCCCGGCCGAGAGGGCGACCGAGGGAAAAGGGGCAAAAAUGGAACACCGGGAGGUGCGGGACCCCCGGGGGCGCCGGGACCUGACGGAUCGCCCGGCGGGCCCGGACCAAAAGGCCAAAAGGGUGAGAGCGUCCCGGGAGAGCCGGGCCCUCGGGGGUUGAACGGGUUCCCUGGAAAAACGGGCGAGAAAGGGGCCCCGGGUGCGGCGGGAAGCCCGGGACUUGCCGGCUCCAAAGGUUUACGUGGCUAUAAAGGCGCAAAGGGUGAACGUGGGUUGCAAGGACUCCGAGGAGAACGGGGGAGUGACCUUCAAAUUCACGGGCCUCGUGGAUUUAAGGGCGCCAAAGGCGACGCGGGUGAGCGAGGCUCUCCCGGAUUUGAAGGCGAUAAAGGGGAGAAGGGCGAAGACGGCCCACCUGGUGUUAAGGGCGUCAAGGGUGAUGCGGGUACCAAAGGCGCCUUGGGACGCUUUGGCAUUCGAGGACCGGGCGGUCAGAAGGGAGAUCCGGGCGAACCGGGCGACCUUGGAGUCAUGGGUCAUCCCGGAAGUGACGGGGUGAACGGCACCAAGGGCGACAAAGGAGACCUGGGACUGCAAGGCCAGAAGGGCAGUCAGGGGGAUUCGGGAGGGACGGGCUCGCCGGGGGAGAAGGGAGCCAAGGGAGAGAAGGGCUUCCGGGGCACUCCGGGACGCUUUGGCAGUCCCGGGCUCGACGGCGAAAAGGGGGACGGCGGCUCACCCGGCGCCCUCGGCGUACCGGGCUUGAACGGACUCACCGGACGGAAAGGCGACAAAGGCAACUCCGGCGUGAACGGCAUCGACGGUGACUCGGGAGGAAAAGGGGAAAAGGGUGCAGCCGGUUUCCCAGGCUUCCCCGGAUUCAAGGGGUCAGCGGGAAGAGCUGGAAAGGAUGGAGGCCGAGGACCGCCUGGGGGCCCGGGAUCCCGGGGCGACCCAGGAGCCAAGGGCGAGCGAGGCCGGAGAGGAAAAGCGCCGCCGUGUCAACGAGGGGCGCCCGGGACCCCCGGACUCAGAGGCCAGACUGGUGCGUUGGGAAUCGGAGGAGCCAAAGGCGACAAGGGGGAGCCCGGCCUCUCGGCUCAUGAAGUGAAGGAGCUCGUCGCCCGGGAGGUGAACGACAAGUGCGGCGUGGCGUACAAGUUGACGGUGAGGUCGGCGGAUCCCGACGGGCCGCCCGCGCCCGCUGACAUCGACGAGGAAGACUACUACGGCGGCGACGCGGAAGAAAAGACGAAGACGCGGGGAGGGUUCCCGCCGAACGCCACUGAUGCCGCGGAGACGCUCCAGAGAGAAAAAAGACGAGUUUUUGGAACGAGCUCCCCUGGAUCCGAGGCAUGCCUGGAGCCCGUGUCGGAGGGCGGGUGCUCCGACUACGCCCUCUUGUGGUACUUCCACGCCGCGGCGGGCGAGUGCCGUCCCUUCGUGUACGGCGGCUGCGGCGGCAACCGCAACCGCUUCCCGUCGCGGCGAGAGUGCCGCAGUCGUUGCGUGAUGGCCGGGAGACGCCGCCAAGAAGAUGACGACGGCGCCUGGACAUGACGCAAUUUUGUGGACCCAUCCCGCGUUCCUGAUGGGCGGAGUGGGGGUCGGUGGGGGCUUAUGACGUGGGCCCCCGCCCGCUUUGAUUCUGAUUCGCUCGUCACGCUAAGGAGAGGAGAUGCGUCACUCUUCAGGCUUUCUGUUGUUUUACAU